AUGAAGACCAAAUUCAUCGUUAUUAUGGCUAUUGCCUCAGUUGUAAUUCCAUCCAGCUCGAGCCAAUCGAUUUCGUCGGUGUGCCCCCAAAAAACGUUGACAGAUGAUGUCAUAAAGAGCAUUCGAGAUCACUGCCUGAAAGGUCAAAGAAACGAAGGUCGAGGGAACGGAGCUCGAGUCGGUACGUGCUGCGACGAUUUGGUUCGUAAUUUGAAAUGCGACGAAAAUACGGCCUGCGUAGUUCCUCGAACUCCGUCUGAUGCUCAACAGAUGUGCUUGACGGAAAUCAAGAGCUACACGGAUUUGGAGUCGUGCUGCAACCGAAAGUGCGACGGGUUGUAG